AUGGGAUUAUUCAUACCAACUGAUAAAUUACACAACUUAAAACUCUACAAAUAUCAAUCAGAAGAUCAUUCAUUAAUAUCAAAAUAUAUAUUAAAAAAAUGGUGGAAUUGGUUUGUUUUAAUAUUUCCAACAUCAAUGGCCCCAAAUUUAAUAACUUUAUUAGGAUUAUUUUGGAUCAUAGUAAAUUUAUUAGUUGUAUUUUAUUAUGAUCCUUAUUUAAAUGAAACAGCACCAAAAUGGUGUUAUUUUUUUUAUGCAAUUGGUUUAUUUAUGUAUCAAACAUUUGAUGGAUGUGAUGGAUGUCAUGCAAGAAGAACAGGACAAAGUGGUCCAUUAGGUGAAUUAUUUGAUCAUUCAAUUGAUGCAAUAAAUACUACUUUGGGAGCAAUUGUAUUUGCAAGUGUUAUGAAAAUGGGUUAUGGAGGUUUAUUAAUGUUAUCACAAUUUGCAUCAGUUUGUAAUUUUUAUACUUCAACAUGGGAAGAAUAUCAUACUCAUAAAUUAUUUUUAUCAAAAUUUUCUGGACCUGUUGAAGGUAUAUUAAUGAUUUGUUUUGUUUAUAUAUUAACUGGAAUAUUUGGACCAGAUAUUUGGAAUAUUGAAUUAUUUAAUUUAAAUUUAAAUUCUUUUGGUUAUGGAAUUUAUCAAAUUAAUAGUUCAAUAAUUUAUGUUAUUUUAGGAUUAGGAUCAUUAUAUUUUAAUAUUAUUUCAGCAAUGAAUAAUGUUGCAAAAUAUUAUUCAGAAAAAGAUGGUGAAGAUUCAAAAAAGACAAAUUUUGAAGUUAAACAUGCAUAUCAAGGUUUAUUACCAUUUUUUGCAUAUUAUGGAUUAGUUAUUUUGUAUUGCUGGAUUUUCCCAAGUGUUGUUUAUGAUUAUGGAUUUCCAUUAGUUUUAUCAAUUGGUUGUACUAUAGCAUUUAGUGUUGGUAGAAUUAUCUUAGCUCAUUUAACAUUACAACAGUUCCCUAUGGUUCAAAUCCCAAUGUUUGUUCCAUUAGGUCAAUUAAUCAUAAGUAAAAUUUUAAUUGACUUAUAUAAAUAUAACGCUGGUAAAGUAUUAAGUGCUAUAAGUUGGUUAGGAUUUGGAGUAACUUUAGGAAUUCAUGGAGUAUUUGUUGCAGAAAUUAUAACUGAAAUUACUCAAUAUUUAGAUAUUUAUGCAUUAUCAAUUAAGCAUAAAAAGGUAAAUUAG